UGUUUGUUUUGGUUUGAAUUUUGUUGUUGUUGUUUCUCUGCGUAUGUGUGUGUUUCAUUUCUGGAGUUCUAUUGUGGUAAAUAUAUGUGUAACAAAACAUUUCCAUUUCAACAUUUUUUGCAUAUAUAAUUCAAUGACAUUAUGUUCAUCAUGUUGUUCAGCCAUCACGCCGAUCUUCUGUUAGGCUCCAAGUGUGUUUUUAAAUGGAGUGCUUUUUAACCCUCUUCAUCCUUCAUACUAACUAUUGGACUUGAAACCACAUCACCUGAUAUCAGAGGUGGUAUGUGGUUGGGAUCUUUUCAAAUACUUUAUCUUUCCUCUUUAUUUUUCUGUCCAGAUUGAAGUGGGUCACAUCAUUCUGGAGACUUCAUCUGCCUCCCAGAGAUGCUCCCAUUCCAGUCCUAUGUCAACUUCUCCUUCCAGCCACCUGCUUUCCUGAUGAUUGGCAUCCCAGGAAUGGAGGCCUUCAAUGGCUGGAUCUCCAUCCCCUUCUUCUCCAUGUACACAGUGGCCCUCACUGGAAACUGCCUGAUCCUGCUUGCUGUGAGAAGAACCCCUAGCCUGCACCAGCCUAUGUACUACUUCCUGUCCAUGCUGGCCCUCACCGAUGUGGGUCUCACCUUGUCCACACUGCCCACAACCCUGGCUGUGCUCUGGUUUGACCGUCGCCUUAUAGGCUUCAACUUCUGCCUGGUCCAAAUGUUCUUCCUCCACUCCUUCUCUGUGAUGGAGUCCUCAGUGCUCCUGGCCAUGUCCUUUGACCGCUUUGUAGCCAUUUCCAACCCCUUGCACUAUGCAGCUGUCCUCACAAAUAAUGUCAUCAUCAGAAUUGGAAUGGCCAUUGUGGCUCGAGCCACUGUUUCCCUCUUCCCAGUGCCGUUCUUGCUUAAGCGGCUGAACUUCUGCCCUGGCAAGAUCCUCCUGUCCCACUCCUUCUGUUUCCAUGCAGAUGUCAUGAAACAAGCCUGUGCUGACAUUACUGUCAAUAUCUUUUAUGGCCUUUAUGUAGUUCUGUCCACAGUAGGUGUAGACUCUUUGCUUAUUAUCAUGUCCUACACACUUAUUCUUCAUACAGUGAUGGGGCUAGCCUCUCCUAGAGAGCGUCUCCGGACCUUCAACACCUGUGUUUCUCAUAUAUUAGCUGUUCUGGUUUUCUACAUUCCAGUGAUAGGCGUGUCCAUGAUCCACCGUUUUGGGAGGCAACUGCCCCACAUAGUACAUGCUCUUGUUGCCUAUGUGUACCUGGUCAUACCUCCUGUGCUCAAUCCCAUCAUCUAUAGUGUCAAAUCUAAGCCCAUCAAGAAGGCCAUGCUCAAGGUGCUGAGGGCGAAGGGGCAAGGUUGA